GGCAGCACGCGUUAUUGCCUUAAGUGCAACUUUCAGUUGAUAAAAAUAAACUUAUUUAUUAAAUUCUUCUUUCUUCUUUUUCAUCUCUUUUCAUUAAUAUAAAUUUACUUUGUGCAAUGUCGUCUAAACUGCGACAAAGACGUGCAGAGUCAGAUGGCAUGACUGAAAAGCAUUCGCAAGUCGAUUACGACGAUUCUAAAAAGUAUGGAAAGGAUUCGGUUCCCAGCCAACGUAAUCCAAACGGUCACCGGUUAGCUUUGGGAUUUCUUUGUGUGGUAGCGACGAUAGUUACAUUUUAUAAGAUCUGGAACCCUGACGAGGUCGUAUUUGAUGAAGUUCACUUUGGAAAGUUUGCUGGAUAUUACUUGAGAAGAACAUACUACUUUGAUGUUCAUCCACCUUUAGCUAAGCUCAUGAUUGCUGGUGCUGGUUAUCUUUUAGGUUUCGAUGGCCAGUAUGAUUUUGCUAAUAUCGGUGAUAAUUACUUGGAUCAUAACGUUCCUUACAUUGGAUUACGCGCUUUGCCUGCUACCUUGAAUGUCUUAUGUGUUGCCUUGAUAUAUUUGAUUAUGAAGGAGUCUGGCUAUACUUUAGCUAUUUGUGUACUCUCCACUGCCAUGUACGUUUUUGACAAUGCAAUGGUCACUCAAAAUAGGUUGAUCUUGUUGGAUAGUAUGCUUUUGAUCUACAUGUUAGCUACCAUGUAUACCUAUAUCAAAUUUAGAAAAUUGCGACACGAAUCCUUCUCCGUCGCCUGGUGGUUUUGGCUUCUUGCUACAGGCGUCUGUAUGGCCUUGACGGUUAGUGUCAAGAUGGUUGGACUUUUCUUGGUAGCACUAAUUGGUCUUUCUGUAAUUUAUGACUUAUGGGGACUUUUGGAUAUCAACCGCGGAUUAAGCAUGGACCAAUUCAUGAAACAUUUUUAUGCUCGUGCAUUUAGUUUUAUUGUGGUGCCCAUUGGAAUUUACCUCUUUUGGUUCUAUGUUCAUUUUGCGAUUUUAAAUGAAUCUGGUCCCGGAGAUUCCUUUAUGACCUCUCGAUUCCAAGACACUCUCAAAAACAGCCCCUUAAAGAUGUCUGCCUUGGAAAUUCACUAUGGGGAUGAAAUCACAUUAAAGCAUAAGGACACCAACGCUUAUCUUCACUCUCACGACCUUCAUUAUCCUUUACGUUAUGAAGAUGGACGAGUCAGUAGUAAAGGGCAACAAGUGACAGGUGUGAUGGAACCUGACGAUAACUGUUAUUGGCGCAUUAAGCCUAAUAAAGAAAGUAGCGAUGGACUUGUCAAGAAUGGCGAUCUGAUUCAAUUAGAGCAUGUGAUUACAGGCACGAAUUUAUUGACACACGAUGUUGCAUCGCCUUGGAUGCCCACCAAUGAAGAAGUGACAACCGUUCCUUUGGAUACGCGUCAUGAAGAAACCUUAUUCCAAAUCAUCUUUGAAGACGAUGAUCAAAACGUAUUUGAAACACACAUGACUUCGUUCCGUCUUGUACAUCAAGACACCAAGGUAGCCAUUUGGACACACAAUAAAAAGUUACCUGAAUGGGGAUUAGAGCAAUUAGAGGUCAAUGGUAACAAGAACGCGAUUGAUAAAACCAAUUACUGGUCCGCCCAAGAAAUUCGCGGUAAGAAUGCCACAGAAAUUAACGCCAAUCGAUCCGUUAAGGAAGUCAGAUCCAUGCCAUUUAUCAGCAAGUUUCUCGAAUUACAAGGACGUAUGAUUAGUCAUAACGCAGGACUUACUAAACCUCACCCCUAUCAAUCUACACCUAUUACUUGGCCUUUUAUGAUUCGUGGUGUCUCCUAUUGGUCCAAAGAAUCCACACGUUCUCAGAUCUACUUGACAGGUAAUUUAUUUGGUUGGUAUUUAUCAGUGGGAGGAAUUGCUGUCUUUGCUGGUAUUAUGCUUGCGGAUGUAUUGGCACGCCGAAGAGGUAUUGAGCCUAUCGAAGAGCCUGUGCGUCAUCGUGUACUUCAAUCUGCAGGAUUCUUUUUUAUUGCUUGGGCUCUUCAUUAUUUCCCAUUCUUCUUAAUGGGUCGUUCCCUUUUCCUGCAUCAUUAUUUACCAGCUGCCACUGUCAAUUACUUAUUAUUGGGUGCCAUGUACCAAUUUAUUUUUGUCGACGGCAUCGAUUCACCCGUCUCUUUCUUGAGUCUGAAAUCCAAAACAACACGUCAAACAAGCAUGAAGGCUGAAGUGUCUUAUAAGGUAUAUAUUGCUGUUGGUAUCACCAUUGUGUGCCAAAUCGCCAUGUUUGUCUUCUUGGCCCCUUUGACCUACGGUACCCCACUCACUUUGGAAGAAGUUCAAAGUCAUCAAUUAUUGAGCGGUUGGAAACUCCAAUACGCCAAAUAAAUAAAAUCUGCAUCUUUUUAAAUAAAAACUAUUUUUUUUUUCAAA